CGCCGAGAUAUCACGUGCCUUAUCGCGGAAACAGCCAACGAGCUGUGCUCUGCUACGCGAGAGGGCACGAGGAAAAGUUGAGAUAGGAGACGUGUGACGCCGUUCGCUGUUUUGUCUGCCCCGCCGACGGAUACCACACCACGACGCCGUGUUCAUCGUCAGUUCGAUCAUCGCUUCCGUUGGUGACAGAACCGCAAGCAGCAAGCAUGUCUACGAAUCCAGCAGGUGAAGCGACGGUGCUGUCCGGAAGGCAGAUUGCCAAGGAAAUCCGGGAAAACUUGGCGGCAGAGGUCAAGGCCAUCAAAGCAAAGCACCCGGAGUUCAAGCCUAUGCUCGCCAUUGUCCAGGUCGGAGGGCGAGAGGAUUCGAACGUGUACAUUCGUAUGAAGCGCCGGGCAGCUGAAGAGGUUGGCGCUGAAUCCCAGCACAUCAAGUUCCCUCGCACCAUCACCGAAGAGGAGCUGGUGAAGGAAGUGGAGACGCUGAACAAGGACCCCACCAUCCAUGGCAUCAUCGUCCAGCUGCCACUAGAUUGCGAGACCAACAUCAACUCCAACCGGAUCACAAAUGCCGUCUCACCCGAAAAAGACGUGGACGGGAUCCACGACCAAAAUGCUGGCCGCCUGGCCCACGGAGAGUUGGAAGGCUUUUUCGUCCCCUGCACACCCAGGGGCUGCCUUGAAUUGAUUAAGCGUUCAGGUGUGCCCAUCGUGGGUGCUCGAGCCGUGGUGCUUGGCCGGAGCAAGAUUGUGGGUUCGCCAAUGUCGUCGCUGCUGCUGUGGAACCACGCCACAGUGACCACUUGCCACUCAAAGACCAAAGACCUGCCAUCAGUGUGCCGUGAAGCUGACAUCUUGGUGGUGGCCAUCGGUCGCCCGCGGAUGGUCAAGGCUGACUGGGUCAAGCCUGGCGCUGUGGUGAUUGACUGUGGCAUCAAUGCCAUUCCAGAUGCAACCCGAAGCUCAGGCACCCGGCUUGUUGGUGACGUGGACUUUGACGAGGUGAAGAAGGUGGCGUCUUACAUCACACCCGUGCCAGAGGGUGUGGGUCCCAUGACGGUGGCCAUGCUUAUCAGCAACACUGUUGACUCAGCCAAGCGCUGCCUUAAGGCCUCCCUUAAGGUAAAAGUGGGUUCGUGGUCGAUGCGGUACCUGCCGCUAUCUCGGCAGACACCCGUGCCGUCGGACCUGGACAUCGCGUUCGCGCAGCAGCCCAAGCUGGUCGAUGAGCUCGCCCGCGAGAUGGGACUCGAGCCGCACGAGUGGGAACCGCACGGGCGACACAAGGCCAAGCUGCUGCUUCCGCUGCUGAACAAGCAAGGCACGGACGGCCACUACGUACUGGUGACGGGCGUGAACCCAACUCCGUUGGGCGAAGGCAAGAGCACAACUUCGGUCGGUCUGUGCCAGGCACUGGGCGCCCACUUGGGACGCAAUGCGAUCGCCUGCUUGAGGCAGCCCUCGCAGGGUCCCACCUUCGGCAUCAAGGGCGGCGCAGCUGGCGGAGGAUACGCGCAGGUUAUCCCAAUGGACGACCUGAACCUGCACCUGACGGGCGACAUGCACGCCGUGACUGCUGCGAACAACCUGCUGGCCGCUCAGCUGGACGCACGCAUCCUGCACGAGGCGACGCAGCAGGACGCCGCCCUGUUCGGACGCCUCGUGACGCCCCGCCAGGGGGCCAAGUGCUUCUCCGAGUCUCAGCGCCGCCGGCUGGCCAGGCUGGGCUUGCCCGUCGACGCGAAUCCCGAAGACCUCACCGCCGAGCAAGCCGCGCGCUUCGCCCGACUCGACGUGGACGUCAACAGCAUCACCUGGAACAGGGUGAUGGACACCAACGACCGCUUUCUUCGCCGCAUAACGAUUGGCCAGGGACCAGCAGAAAGCAAGGCAACACGACAGACCCAGUUUGACAUCACGCCAGCCAGCGAAGUGAUGGCCGUCCUAGCGCUGGCCAAGGACCUGGAAGACCUCCGGGACAGAUUGCGGGCCAUCGUUGUGGCCAGUGAUCGCCAAGGGAACCCUGUCACAGCGGACGACCUGGGUGCAGCGGGGGCCAUGUUGGUUCUCCUGAAGGACGCUGCCUGUCCGACGCUCCUGCAGACGCUAGAGGGAACGCCGGUACUCAUCCACUGCGGCCCCUUCGCCAACAUUGCUCACGGAAACUCGUCCGUCAUCGCCGACCGGAUGGCUCUGAAGCUUGUCGGUCCUAACGGAUACGUCGUAACUGAGGGCGGCUUCGGCGCCGACAAUGGCAUGGAGAAGUUCGUGGACAUCAAGUGCCGGGCUUCCGGCCUCUCGCCCAGCGCUGUCGUCAUCGUGGCCACCGUGCGAGCCCUGAAAGUACACGGCGGAGGACCUCUGAUCUCGCUGGGUGCACCACUACCGGCGCAGUACCGCAGCGAGGACGUAUCCCUGGUGCGCAGCGGCUUCUGCAACCUCGCACGCCACAUCGAGAACGCAGCUAAGCUGGGCCUGCCCGCCGUGGUGGCCAUCAACGCCUUCUCGACGGACACCGCGGCCGAGCUCGAGCUUGUGCGCGAGAUGAGCGUGGCCGCCGGAGCCCAGGGGGCCGUCGUGUGCCGUCACUGGGAACUCGGAGGAGAAGGCGCCGUAGACCUGGCACGCGCCGUCGAAGAAGCGUGCGCGAAGCCCAGACCGCAGCUGCGCUUCUCCUACGACCUCUCGCUGAGCAUCGAGUCCAAGCUCGAAGCCGUGGCCCGCACCAUCUACGGGGCCCGCUGCGUGGAGCUCAGCGCGCUGGCCAAGACGCAAGCCGAACGCUUCGAGCGCCAGGGUUACGGCAAGAUGGCCGUGUGCAUCGCCAAGACGCCGCUGUCGCUGUCGCACGACCCGAAGCUGCUCGGUUCGCCGCGAGACUUCGUGCUGCCCGUGCGCGAGCUGAGGCUCAGCGCCGGCGCCGGCUUCGUGUACGCGCUGGCCGGUGACGUCACCACCAUGCCCGGCCUUCCGACGAGACCCGCGCUGAUGGACAUCGACCUGGACGUCGUCACCGGACGUCCGAUCGGCCUCUUCUAGACGAGAAUCUCGGAGUAUAUACCAGCAAUCGAAUAUUUGUUCAAAUGCGAACUGUGAGUUCAGUUGAUUCGAAAAUUAAUGUGCUUGGGGCCGCGUGAAAAUGCAGAAAAUGCGUUACUACCUUAUGCCUUGCGACUGCAGUAUUUCCAGUUCCCGUCGAUGUGAACCGAGGGCAUAGGCGUGCUCACGAGACCCCUCCCCUCCCCUCUUGUCGCCUAGGAAUAGAGCACUGCACGGGCUGGAUUUUACGGCCCGGGCCCGGCCCGGGCCCGAUUUAUGAAGCCCGAGCCCAGCCCGCGCCCGUGGUCCCAAGCGCAGGCCCGGCCCGGGCCCGGGCGUACAUGACCGAACUCAGCCCGAGCCCGGCCCGGGCCCGUGGUUCCAAGCCCUUGCCCGGCCCGGGCCCGGGCUUACUUGACCGUACCCAGCCCGAGCCCGGCCCGGGUCCGGGCGUUCAUUACUAAUCUAAUCCAGGGCGCGCUUGUUCAUGACCAGGCCCGACCCGGGCCUCUAGAGGAUAUUAGUUGUUGAUGAUGAUUAUUAAUGAUGCCGUGCGCUUUGUAGCAGGCGAUCGGACGGAAAAUCCGGUGUGUACAUGCAUCGAAAUGUUGCCCGCGGUGGUAGCUCAGCGGUUAAGCUGUUUCGCUGUUAAGUCCUAGGACGCAGGUGCGAUUCCCGCGGCCACGGCGGCUGCAAUUUGAUGGGGGCGCAAUGCAAGAACACCUGUGUAUACACUUAUCUUUAGGUGCACGUUAGAGAACUCGAGGUGGUCGAAAUUGAUCCGGUGCCACUACUGCGUGCCUGGUAAUCAUAUCGAGGUUUUAGCACAUAAUACCAAGGAAUAUAAAUGAAAUGUACCGUAUGUGUCAACCUCGAAUAAAAAGACCGAAAUUUUUAUUCCUCCCAUGGGAACAACCGUGAUCUGGCCCAUUGUUAGUGCUGUUUUUAUAUAUAUAUAUAUAUAUAUAUAUAUCAAAGUCUGGUCCAGCAGACGAAACGUUAGUGAAAAUAUACAGUGCCAAUCUAUAUCUAUACUGGUGAAACAAAUAUAGCACUUCAACUGUUUUUCUAUUUUUAUUGCUAAGCUUUACUAAGAGCCAGCUCUUUGCACGUGUCACUUCAGCUGGUACAGUAUACCUUAGACCAUGCAAUGCAUAACGUUCCCGUGUGCUCGGAGGCCCGACUUACGCCUUUUAAUGAGCGGGUCCGAGUCCGGCCCGGCCUGCAGCCUCAAGCCCGGGCCCGGCCCAGGCCCGCGGCUUCGAGCCCGGGCCCGCACUUUCAAGCCCGAGCCCAGCCCGGGCCCGCCGGAAAACGCUUCGGACGGCCCGGCCCGGCCCGCGGGCCGGCCCGGGCCCGUGCAGUGCUCUACCUAGGAACGCGCAGGGGGAGGAGGGGGGAGGUGGCAAGUCGGACCUGUCCUUGCAUGUUUAAAGAACAGGGCUAUGGUACGCAGGUUUUUGAGGAUAAUGGCGUCCGAAGACCCCUGAUGCUGCAUUCCAAGAACUGUUUACUUCCUAUCUUUACACCCAGAAAGCCGAGAACAAAUGGCAGGCUGCCGCGAGAAGCACGUCAUCUCUUCAUUUUCAUUUUUGCAUCGAUUGCGGUGCUUGUUUUCUUUCGGACUUGGUCAAGGGGGACGCUGCGUAAAAUUACCCCCCCCCCCCCCUUGUAGAGAAUUCUGCGGGCCUGCGGACAGUUCCGCCUGAGUAAAAGUAUGGCGCAGACAUUGCGCACUCCUUAAAUGAAUCCCCCCCCCCCUCCCUAGCCCCCGGGCGCACACCUAUGCGUACUAUUGCCGCUGCAGUAUUUAGAGUUCCCGUCGAUAUGACCUGAGGUGUAUGUGCAACACCCAAUCAACAGAACUGAAUCAAUAAUUUUGUAUAAAGAAAGGAAUGUCCACGUAAAAGCUGCUGCACAGGAAAGAUAUACGGGGCUACCGACCCCCUUCUGGCAGCGUGUGCAGGAAAUACGGCGCAGGAAAUGUUGUUUUAAGUUUUGAACAGAUAUUUCAAUAGAUAUGCUAAUACGGGCAGAUAUGCUAAUACAGAUAUGUAUGUAGAACAGAACAUAUAUGCAGCACAGAUAUGCUAAUACGGACACGAUAUCUUCACAUGAUCAGAUAGACAAGAAACAUUAUGCAAUAAGUUGUUCUCCUGAAACAUUCGAUAAAAAUGUAUAUUUUUGUGACAUGUAUUUUUCUACGACGAUUACGCCGAUUUCUUUAGUUUUGAAAUGUGACUGUUGAAUAAAGAGGAGCCACAGAAUGGCUAUGAACAUA